AAACACAAGUUCAAAGCAUUCAUUCUCCAAUAAAACCCAUUUUACACAGAGAUAAGAUAAUCAUUUCCGAUCGUAGUCGUGAUGCCGUCCACCGGAGAAGUUAAGAAAACCGCGGCGGAGAGGAAGCCCGUCAAAGAAAAGAAACCCGAAGCGGCGGCGAAGGAGGAAAAGUCGAAGAAAACUGCCACCAAAACUGCUUCCCACCCGCCUUACUUUGAGAUGAUAAAGGAGGCAGUGUUGGCAUUGAAAGAGAAGAGCGGAUCUAGCCCAUACGCAAUAGCAAAGUACAUGGAAGAUAAACAUAAGGGUGUUCUGCCUCCAAAUUUCAGGAAGAUUUUGGGUCUCCAGCUUAAGAACUCUGCUGCUAAGGGAAAGCUCAUAAAAAUCAAGGCUUCCUAUAAGCUCUCUGAAACUGGAAAGAAGGACAAGGCUGCACCACUUGUCACUAAAAAGACCACAUCCGCCGCCGUCGGAACAAAGAGGAAGGCAGAGGUGGUGAAGAAGGCGAAGACCGUGAAGAAAGCUACGCCGGUGAAGAAGAAGGCUGCGCCGGUGAAGAAGGCGACACCUGUGAAGCCCAAGAGCAUAAAAUCACCUGCUGCUAAGAAGGCGAAGAAAGCUUCUGCUGCUGCUUAAUUGUGGUGUGUUGUUGUUAUGAUAUGUAUGGGUUUGUGUUGUAUAUGGGUGGUUAUCGCUUUUUUCUAGUGUUUUCUACAGUAGGUAGGAAUAUAGAUUUUGGGUUUGGCUAUGUUUUAGUUGAUACAACAAGUGUUUCUGUAUUUUCUCCAGAAUUUCUGUUUUAAUGUGAGUUGACCUUUUCUCUCUAGUAAUUUGCUCUCUCC